CAUCUUUUUUUUCAGUCUGUGUUUUAAUUAUCUGCUGAUUGGUUAGCGAUGUCUGAUUAAAAAAAUAAGAGUAUACAAAAAGUGCGCUCUACGGUGUGUGCAUUCUUGUUCAGUGGCAGCUGAGGAAUAAACGGAAAAUUUUCUUGGGAUAGCGUGGCGGAAAAAAAUAUCCCAUCGUUACUUGGCACUUGGCUUUCAAUCAAAGAUUGGUUUAAUGUCUUCAACCGAAGUAACGUCGAGGCUGCUGAUCCUAGCGCAAAAGGUUAACAACUUUUACUUGACAGGUUUUCAUAAAUGUGACAUACGUCCAUUUGUGGUUGAGGGUCAACAAGUUGGUCUUAUCAAAUCAGAUGUUCUAAAGCAUCUCGUGAAGUAUCCUGAAGUAUUUUGCAUUCGUGAUUGCGAGCAAACAAAACAGGGAUUGGUUGAGAUGAACCCAGCAUUCCGUGACUACAACGAACGCACUGAGCAAAUGGAAAAAGUAUUGCGUAACCUGCGUUCCGAGGGAUUAUUUCCCGCGCUACAGGGAUGGAGGGAUGAGUACUUUGAGGUGAAGUCCGAGCGCAGGGCACUGCUAAAAAUGGAAAGGGCAGCAACACCGCUUUUUGGUGUACGCAAGUACGGCGUUGAUAUCAACGGUUACGUGCGACAUCCUACCCAUGGUUUAUGCAUUUGGCUGCAGCAGCGAUCCAACACAAAAGAAACGUGGCCUGGAAAAUGGGAUAAUAUGGUCGGCGGUGGACUAUCUGUAGGCUUUGGCAUUAAGGAGACAGCCAUUAAAGAAGCUGCUGAGGAGGCAUCAAUUCCAUAUGAUAUUGUAAAAAAUUUGGUGUCUGCUGGAUGUGUCUCUUUUUACUUUGAAAGCCGGCAAGGGCUUUUCCCUAAUACAGAAUAUGUGUUUGACUUGGAGCUGCCGCUCGACUUUGUUCCCCAGAAUUCUGACGGAGAAGUGCAGGCUUUCGAACUGCUGCCAGCCAAGGAGUGCGUGGAGCGGGUUUUCACCCCAGAUUUCAAAACAACUUCAGCGCCGGUGGUAAUUGAUUUCCUUAUCCGACAUGGGCACAUAACUGCAGAUGAUGUGGUAGAUUUUACGCAAAUUGUUGAGCUCUUGCACGUGCCCUUACAGUCCCUUUAUACGUACAAGGCGCGGUUGGAGCUGGCCCAAAAGCACCAUCAUAACUUGCCUGACGAUGCCAAAAACUGCCACUGUGGAAGUCUACAAAAAAAAUCGGUGGAAAAUGGGCAUAAGAAAGCAGCUUAAUCAAACAGAUUUAUUUUUGUGGGAAUAUUAUUUGGAGUGGGGCUUAAAGCUAGUUUAGUUCUAAGUGUCAAACGAGACCCAAUAGACUGGUUUCAAAGUGUAUUUCCUAAAUCUAAGCCAGAAACAAAUAACAGAAGUAACCAUGUUAUAACCAAAUCAACCAAACAGCAACACAAACAAAUUCCGAUCAACAUUAUAAUUUAACAUCGCUAGGGGCGGAACACUUAAUGUUUAAAGCUUAAAUCCUGCGGAAAAAAUUAUUGAACUGAAGAAAAUUUUUUUUGUAGAUUUUAAUGUAUUACUUAUUUUCUGGUGUAUCCAUAUGUGCUUGACAUAAGCUGCAAAUUUUAUGUCGAAUAUCAAAUUAUGUGCUGUUUCGUAAAAACAAAUUGUA